AGCUUUAAGUUUCUCAUGCACCAUUUGUGAGGGAAGCCAUGAAUAUGAGUUGCAGAAGGGUAAUGUUUUUGUUAGUUCUUGCGUUUGCUCUUGGAAGCAAAGGGUAUUCACAGCCUCUUGUUCCUGCCAUCAUCACUUUUGGUGAUUCUUCUGUUGAUGUUGGUAACAACAACUAUAUUCCAACUCUUUUCAAGGCUAAUUAUCCUCCUUAUGGAAAAGACUUCAUCAAUCAUCAACCAACUGGAAGGUUUUGUAAUGGAAAAUUAGUCACUGACAUCACUGCUGAUACUCUACAAUUUACAAGUUAUGCACCAGCAUAUCUCAGUCCACAGGCUUCAGGGAAGAACCUUCUUAUUGGAGCCAAUUUUGCUUCAGCUGGAGGUGGUUAUGAUGACCAAACUUCCACCUUAAACCAUGCAAUCCCGUUGUCUCAGCAGUUGCAGUACUAUAAGGAGUAUCAGUCAAAGCUAGCACAGGUAGCUGGAAGCACAAAAUCAGCUUCCAUCAUAAAGGAUGCAAUAUAUGUUUUGGGUGCAGGGAGUGGAGAUUUUCUUCAGAACUAUUAUGUCAAUCCUUUGCUUAACAAAGUCUAUACUCCUGACCAAUACAGCUCAAUCCUUGUCGGCAUAUUCUCAAGUUUUAUUAAGACCAUGUAUGGCUUAGGUGCAAGGAAAUUUGGAGUUACUUCACUGCCACCACUGGGUUGUCUUCCUCUAGCAAGAACUUUAUUUGGGUUUCAUGGGAAGGGGUGUGUGUCUAACAUCAACACAGAUGCCCAACAAUUUAACAAGAAGCUCAACUCUUCGGCAGCAAGUCUCCAAAAGCAACUUCCUGAUCUAAGACUUGUGAUCUUUGAUAUUUUUCAGCCACUCAAUGAUCUUGUCAAAAAUCCUUCUUCUCAAGGUUUUGUGGAAGCAACAAGAGGUUGCUGCGGAACAGGAACCGUAGAGACAACAGUAUUUUUGUGCAAUCCAAAUUCACCAGGAACAUGUUCCAAUGCCUCACAGUAUGUGUUUUGGGACAGUGUUCAUCCAUCUCAGGCUGCUAAUCAGAUUCUUGCUGAUGCAUUGGUUCUUGCAGGGUUUGCUCUCAUUUGAAGAGCAUACCAAGUCCCAAAUUAAAAUUAAUGUUAUAUUUUAUCUACUAGUUGAUAAUUCAUCAAUUAAGAUGUCUUAAGUGUAUUACCAUUUGAUGGCUGUCUGAAGGCUAAAAACCAAAAGCUUGUUGUAUUAAUUAUGUUGACGAGGAAAAACUUUAUUCAGUUUGCCUUAA